UAAUGUGUCUCACUUUUCUCUUUGGCCCAAACUGGAUCGACUGUUUUUAAUGAUACAGGGACUGACUGUGGGGUAUGUUCUAUUGACAAUGCUUCUUUGUAACACAUUGUCCAGUGUUUGUUUGGAAAGCCUAGUACACAUUUUAUUUCUAUCCUACUUGCAAGCUGGGGAAAGAAAAACCUACAAAGAACUUGAAAGGUGCUAUUUUAGUAAACACUUCAGAAGUUUCAGAAGUAAAUUCCCUCUACUUCCUGCAGGAUUUCCAUUGUACACUUUAGCUUUGAAGGAAAACAAAUCUUUCAUGCCUUAGAACAUUAGAUUUAUAUGUUAUCUACUGAGUGAUCUUCUUGGGACCCAAGUCACUAAAGAGAGGGUUUUGCUUAGGUUCACCUCCCCCUUAAUGAAAUUGAGACCAGCGAAGCGAAAUGGAAGGCUGAAGAACAUCCUGUGAAGAAACAAAAUGCUCAGCUUAAGAUCUGAAAGAAUCAGGAAGCUGGGACUGAACGAGCGGGAGCAGGUGGAAGGGGAGAAGCAGCUGUCAGCUGCAGAGGAGACACUGAAAUUAGCUGCAGAAGAGCUAUGGAACUACAAGGCUUGUGAGCUGGAGAAGGUGAUGGCAGAGCAGAGCAGGGAGGUUGCCUACUUGAAAUGCAGACUGGAAGUCAUCCACAAACAGAGGCUUCCAGAGGAAUCCAGGAGGCACAAACCAAUGGCAGCAGGACCUGACAGAAGAGAUACCUCCAUGGAGAGCAGGUCAAUGUGGCUUCAAGAAAAUUUCAUUUCCCAGAGGUGCCCUCCAUACUGUACCCCAUGGGCUGCCCUUUAUCUCCAUUCAUAGGCUAUCGGCCACCCACCCCUUCUGCACCCUGGUGGCCUCUGGGACCUUACCCUCCACCUCCACCUCCACCUCCACCAUUUGGUAAGAUGAUAUGAAUAGUAGAAGUUGACUUAUAAAACAUUUUUCAUCUUUUUUCUUGUUGAGUAUUUGUAGAAGAUGCAGUGAUGGCACCACAGGUCUUUCAGGUCAGCUGGACUGAGGACAUUGUAACAUUCUCUAAGUUUCUCAGGACAUGCAUGAAAUGGGCUGUCAUUUCCACAUAGUGAGCUGGGAAGCACAUGUCUCUUAUACAGAAGAAACAGGCCUUGUAUAGCUGACAUGCAUACCACUUCUUAUGAUGUAGCUUGUAUAGAGACCAUGUGUUGGGCUCACUGAGGGAUGAGACAUACCCCUAACUUUAUUUCUAGCUAGUUGAGAUCUGUUGCUUGAUCAGUUAUGAAAACACCUGAACCAGGGUCCUGUGGAAAUGUCCUCAAGGGACAGGGUCAGAUCUUUUCUCUUGACUAUAAUAUUAGUCUAAGUACAUUUUUAUUUGAAAUUAGUUAUGUGAUACCUACUCACAUAUGGAAGGCAGCCUAUAGAUAAGCUGAAAGAUUGAACAAUUCACCUGGAGCCAGAAGAAACAUACUCAUGCUCUUUUGUUGAGGAUUUAUUGAUGUUAUCUACCAAUUGACACUCUCAUUUUAAUUUUUAUCUGUAAUGAGAUGGUGAGUUAUUGCCCCUAAUGUAUAUUGAGAAAUGGUUAUUUUGGUGACGAUUUCCAGAUUUGUAUUUGAGCUGACCUGUCCAUAAUUAUUUCACUAGUUAUGAAGGACAUGAACCAGGGCCCUAUGAUUUCUUGAUUAAGAUGAUGGGGUGGAUCUCCCCCUUACCGUUGGGGUCACCUGAGACUUGUGGGAUAUUCUCUGCCUUUCCUUAUGGUCCUGAGUGUGGAGAAAAGUUUAAGAUGUCACAAAAUGUGGUGUUUGUUUGAAUUCUGCAGUGUCUACCAAAAUUUAAAAAAACCUCCACUCCUUCCAGAGCCUUUAGCCAAUCCAGAAGCUGGUGUCGCUCCCGUAAGUCACAAAAACAAGCACUCUACCAAAAAUGCAGAAAAGGACAAGGUAAAUGCUGGGGCCAUUUUCAGUUGUAAGUCUGUUGGGAAACCCGCUUUUGCAGUACAGCAGGCUCUGUGGCCUCUUCCCUGUUUUGUGUGUUGUGUGAUAUGUCUGCCUGUUUCUGUUUUCCAAAGGCACAGCCUUAACCCAAGAGUCUACAGGCUCCUCUCUUUGCAGCCUGUCAUCAUUUUCUGGAACGGCUAGUAGCCAAAGGAACUUAGAGGUUGAGGGACCUAUGGCUUUUCUCGUGUGUUCUGGAGAUAACCCCAGGAAGAUACACUGCAGUCCAUACUAAAGUAUCUAGGCUUGUUGACUCCUACUACACUGCCUCUCUGUGGGAUCAGUGUUGUUGUUAUUUUCCUCUUUCUGGUUAUGUGAUUAGCAUGUUAAGACUAUUUGUUAACUGGGAAUUCGAAGACGUCUCUCCAUUUUUAUAUUGUGUGUCUUGUACAGUUCAGAAUGGUCUUAGACAAAGUCAUUGUCAUAACUCACCACCUUCACAUCUUUGUUGGUAAAUGAGCUGUUUGGAAUCCUUUUUUUUUUCAAUAUAUGAAAUUUAUUGUCAAAUUUGUUUCCAUACAACACCCAGUGCUCAUCCCAAAAGGUGCCCUCCUCAAUGGAAUCCUUUUAAGCUGUAUCUUAGGUAAAUAAAUUCUGAACACAAGUUCAUAUGAACAGGUUCUGUUGUGUCUCCAGUCAAUGUUAGAGCUGACACAUUCCUAGGAAUUUAUACCAAUAUCAAAAUACAUUUUCAUUAAUUCUGUUACAUGAAUUUCUGCCUCUUUUUUUUCCAUAGGAUGUAUUACUCUGUGCAUUGUAGUGUGUUCAAAAUCAAAAUUCCUUAUGAAUUCAGAUAAACACAUGUGGGUUUAGUAGUCAUUGAUAAGUAAUAUGUUCCUCACAGCAAACACUUUCUCAGUUUCCUGCAAGACUCCAGGCAUCUCCAACUCCCCAGUGGCCUCUUGGUCCUUUGAAAGCACUUCUAAAGAAGGGGAAGACGUCUUUCUCAGGGAGGGAAGCAGAGCAGGCAAAGUGAGGGGCUGGCAGGCAGAACUUUUCCCCAGUAGUAGCUGUGAUUUCGUGUGCAGAGAAUCAGGUGUUUAUUUGCACUCAAUUUUUUUUUUUUUUGUGUUUGGAAUAUGCCAAAACCAGAGCUUCUAUAGUCACUGUAGUGGAGGGAUGCAGGGUGAUCCUGGACAUAGAUGUCUGACUGUCUGGAAUAUGCUACUUCAUUAGACUGGAAUUACUUCUUUGAUUCCUCUAAGAUGGCAUCAUUUUGUUCUACAUUCUAAGACAUGGGCAGGGACGUGUGGUGACCGUAGUUUAACCUCCAGCAUUUAUUUGCCUAAGCUGUAGGCGGUACCCAGUGGGAGAGAUGGGGUUUUCAGGUACUGAUGCUACUCCCUUGGAUCCUGGUGGCUGAGAAGUUGGCAGGUGCUGACAUAUUCUUCUCUGGGUUUCAGCUGCUUUUGGUAUUGGUUCUCUUGUCUGCUAUAUGCACAUAGCUGUCACUUCUGUUCUGCAGGGCAGCAUGGAUCCAUGGGGACCUCCUCUUUUAGCUGGAAGAUUCUGCACACCCUACCCUAGAGGUCCCCCCAUGGGCUAUAGGGCAUGUCCACCUCCUGAACCUUGGUGGCCCUGGGGACCACCCCAGACCUCUCUACGUACAGCGCGUGGUAAGAUGAUCUGAGCAGUAUGAGUUGACUUGCAAAGCACCUUCAUCUAAUUUUUGUUGUUGUUGAGUCUUGGACAAGGUGCAGAGGUGGUACCACAGACCAUUGCAGUGCGAGGGAAAAGCGUUUGCCGCCAUAACCACAUUCCUUGAGUUUCUCUUGAUCGACAUAUCAUCUUUGUGUCAUUUCCCACACCCUGUGUUGGUACAGGUGUCUCUUGUGGAGAUGGAAUGGGCUGUAUACACAAAAGCAGACAUAGGGCUUCAGCAGAUGUGUGCUGUACACAGUCCAUGUGCUGGGCUAUGGGAGGCAUGAGGCUCAGCCCAAGGUGUAUCUGUCCAGGUGAGCCACCAGCCAUCCGUAGUUGUUUGAUGAGUUAUGAAAACACCUGAACCAGGGUGUUUAUGGGUCUUCAUCAAGGUUUUAGGGGUGGUUCUCCCCUUUGCCUUGGGAUCACCUGAAGCAUGUGGGGCUACCCUCUGCAUGUGACUUGGGAUCUGACUGGGCCAAAGAGUUUAAGAUGCUUGAGGAAUGAGAGGAGGGUUUGUUUUUUUAAUCUCUGCACAAUCUCCUCAAAUCAGAAUAAACCUCCAUCCCUUCUAUGGCCUUUUGCAGAUCCCGAAGUUGCUCCUGUGAGUGAGAACAACACAGACUCUCUACCAAAAGGGCCAAGAAGGAUAAGGCCAUUAUGUAUGCAAGAGGGCCUGGUCCUUUCCCAGGAUGGCCUUGCAGGCCCUACCACAUGGACCACCCUUCAUCACCAGCCAAGGGCUGUGGGCCACCUUCCCCUCCUCCACCAGCUCCUCCACCUACUCCAUUUGUAAGAUGACCUGAGCUGGAUGAGUGACUGGUAAAGCACAUGCAUCUUCUUCAUGAAAGACUUGGUGGGAAUGAUGUAAUGAUGGUUCUGAGUCUUGGCAACCCACCUGCAAACCUGGCUAAGGACACUGUACCGUAUCUCAAGUUUCUCAGGACUUACAUACAAAGGGCUGUGUCAUUUCCCUGUAAUGAGGUGAGCUAUAGGUUUCUCUUGUCGAAACGAAAGAGGAUGUUUACACAAAGGCAGAGGUAUCAGAAGUACUGGUGUGUUUUUACAGACAUAAUGUUGUGGGUUCUGUGAAGGAUGAGAUGCACCCCUAAAUUUAGGUGCCUCAGGUGUCCUGUGUGAAAAGGGUCACAUGCGUUAUAUGACACAGAUCUUGUGAUCACCAUAAUGGAAGCACCAGUGAAGGAAUGGGGGAAACUUGAAUCACACAGGAAUAGAAGGAAAGUUGUGGAAGGUAAGCAGAGUUUGAGGAGGUGUGGAGGAGAGGCUGUUGGAGACAGUAGGUUGGAGUUGGAAGCCAUUCCUGGCAGGGCCCACAGCCUGGGCAGGGAGCUUGAGGACAGCAUGAGAUCUGCAAAGAACUGCUUCGUGGGUGCAAGCACAGUGUACAAUGCAGUCAUCAUCUCCAAAAUGUCAACUUUACCGCAGUGCACAUAGUUCAUAAUCUAAAUACAGUUUGUUGUUUCCCUUGGGUUUCUGAAAGGUCUGGACACGUAUGAAAGAAUGUGCUGGAGAUUUGGGAAAUUAAACUUGGUCUUAGGAAAUGCCUAAGUUUGUGUGUCUCAGUAAGACUAAAGGUGAUGACAGGUUGUAGAUCAGCUGAGCAGCUUCCUUGGCCUUCAGCCUGAGUCAGACUCUUAGUGGGGAUUCAGGGUUGACCAGAAGCCGCCCCUGCUGGACUCCUGUCACCACACACCUGCAUCUGCUGUCAUCACCCUGCCUGCCAGUUUGCAUCUCCAAAACUUCCCUCACAAUAUCCUGAGGCUUUGCCUGUGUUCCUGCUGUCUCAUCCCUAAUACCAGCUCCCAGUGGAGCCAUCUCAGAACCUCAGCUUUGUUAUCUGAGAAACAGGGAUGGUGUUGGGUUCUGAGAUCAGUAUCAUGAACAGGUGACAACCACAUAAGGAAUUUGUAAAAUAAAUGGGAUGAGUGGGCACUCACCCUCCUCAGUGUGUAAAUGAAUGUAUCUCCACACAGAAGCUCAUCAAGAGAUGUUCAUUGAAUUCCAUUAAACUAAGAGUAUAAUGCCUGAGGCUGAGAGAUUGGCAAUCCCUGUUUCAAAAGAUACAGCAAAGACCCCUGUGUUUUCCCUAUUAGAAUCCAGGUCCUACUUCACACAGGAGGAAAAGAUAACUAUGAGAAAGUGUACAUUCAGGGAUCUAUAUCUCAGACCUGAAGACAAUCAUCUUCCAUUACUGGUAGACACACAGAUGCAGCCACACAAUUAAGUGUUCGUCCAAGGUAUAUUUUCAAGGACAAAACGCAUAGGGGAGAACAGAAGAUCCCAUUGCUAUAACCCAAAAUCUCUUUGCCUUUCAGGACAACUUGAAGUUUGAAGAGGACCCUAAACUGUGACCAAUAGGCUGUGGCGAUAUGAUAUACUGAGAAAAGUUGUCUGAUACGCGUAUUUGAAUGAAUCCUUUCCCUGACCAUUCCUGUCCCCUCUAUUUUGUGUGUCCUCGUUUCCUGUAAUAAACCCAUCAUAGUUCUG